CAACAGUGUCUCGUCCGCCGCACCCAAUAUAUGCACAAAUAAAUUCAUUCAAACAAUUAUCAUGAUAUUAGUGCUAAUUAUGGCAUUUUGUCUCGCAUCGAUCGCCACAUUAUAUGUACUCGAAUACCAUAGAAGACAUUCACAUCACCCGACACUUCAAGACACACAACAAUCGCCUACAUAUGCAAAUUCAAACACACAUUCAUCGCCUGUAAAUACACACAACAGUCCGUUCACACUAUUGCCGCACUCCGUGUCCACACCCGGUGUCACAUAUCCUGACCCGCAGUCAAUCAUGCAGUCGACAGACAAACGAUACAAUCCUAAUAGGGAUAAGACCCACCCGUCGUCCUACACGACUGCGUCGACCAUCACUCGAGGCCGGCCGACAUCCAUACCAAUACUCAAACCGCAAGUGUUGGGCAUUCCGUACAGUUGUCUGGACAUGAAUACAGUCAUAUCUUCGUGUCCAACGCAU